AUGACCCGAUCAGAUAGCACCGACUCGACCGUCGACGACCUCACCUUCACUCCUUCCGGCACAGAGUCUCCUCUCCCACCUGUCCAUCGACUGUCUCCCUCGUCGUCCUCCAAAUUCUCAUUUGCCCGCGCCCCCAGUCCUCUUCGAUUCAACUCACUCCCGACAGGGAUAAAAGAAGAGUUUGAACCGACCCGGCAACAAAUACGUUUUGAUGCAGACCCCCCCUCCGACAACGACGACGACGACGACAUCAUGUCCGGCCGCCCGUCUAUGCACCGGCCGACCGGGCCUCAGUCUCACGUCCCUCUUCUCGCCGAAGACAAACGAGAGAACGCGGGUCGGAGUCGUGGCCGUUCUGAAGGAAUAGCGAGUCGACAACAAUCCUUUGCCUCUCACCGAAGUUCGUUCCGAUCGCGCUCUCCGACAUAUGCGCAACCCGAGAAUGUUGUCCGGCGAAAAUACAUCUACGCUUCAUUCUUUCUAAUCCUCUCCUUGAUCUCUUUCGUCGUCCAGACCGAGACCGCGGUAUACAUCCAGCACGACCUCCAUUGGAACAAGGCAUACUGUAUGAUGUACCUGACACAUGGGUCGUGGGUGUUUCUCUGGCCUGUACAGCUGGCGAUUAUUCGUCUACAAAACCGAAAACUCUCAUGGCCUGUCUUCUGGCGACGGCAUCUGGCCUUGCUCCGCAGUACGGCCCAGAUGGUGCAAUCACAAGACCUCCAUGCGCCUGCGUCUCCGGUGCUGAGCAAGGUGUCGCCGUGGCCCUACAUGAUCAAGAUGACUGCUUUCAUAACCACGUGCCUGACAAUGGCAGGCGGGUCGUGGUACGUGGCGGUCGAUUUGACCAGCCCUUCGGACCUGACGGCGAUUUACAACUGUUCGGCAUUUUUUGCCUAUGUCUUUUCGAUUAUGCUACUCAAUGACAAGCUGCGCUUCGACAAGGCGAUCAGUGUUGGGCUGGCAAUCAUUGGCGUAUUCGUGGUUGCGUACGGAGACAAGGACGACUCUGAAUCGGGGUCAGGAGAGGAACAGAAAGGGGUCGGCGCAAAACUAAUAGGCAAUAUCAUUAUCGGUAUUGGUUCGGUGGCAUAUGGGUUUUACGAGGUCCUCUACAAGCGCUACGCGUGUCCUCCUGAAGGGUGCAGUCCGGGCCGUGGGAUGAUAUUCGCCAACACGUUCGGAAGUAUGGUCGGUCUGUUCACACUGACGGUUCUCUGGAUUCCUUUGCCGAUAUUGCACCUUACAGGGUUGGAGGUCUUUGAGCUGCCGAGUCGAGAGGCGGCGGGACUACUCGCGAUUUCGACCCUGUCCAACGCCGUGUUCAGCGGGUCUUUUUUGGUCUUGAUGAGUCUGACGAGCCCGGUGUUGAGUAGCGUGGCGGCUCUCUUGACGAUUUUCCUUGUGGGUAUUACAGAUUGGUUGGUUACCGGGAAGCCGCUCAGUGCGGCGGCGUUGAGUGGAUGUGCUUUGAUCGUUGUGGCAUUUUGCAUGCUCAGUGGGGCUACAUAUAAGGAGAUGAAGGAGGAGCAACGAAAAAGAGAAGAGGAAGAAAGCAAGGCGCUUGAGAUGAGUGAUGAGGAUGAAGAUGUCGACGAGGAGGACGAGUUGGGACGAAGGAGGGCAAGAUUGAGUGACGGAUGA